GGGAACGGUCUGCGGGAGCAUGAAGGAAGCAGGACUGCGCGAGUCUAUGGGCAGAGAGCUCGGGUCAGUGAGGAGGCAACAGAACUGAACACUGUACAUUGAUCAGCUGAAGAUAGAACUUAAUAAACAUAGCAUGCAACAAAUGCCAGUGUUACAAUCCACAGUGGCUCCAGUGGAGGGGAGGUUACGUCACAGCGUGCCAAGCCUGCCAGCAAUCAAGCCAGACAGACUAAAAACAGCUAAAACGCUGGUGGAGAAAGCCGUGAAGCUGAGGAAAGUGUUUUCAGUACAGGGACCCUACCCUGUGGUCCGUGCUGCCUUAUGGGCCAGAGGGUGGGUGGAACGUCGUUUGCCCCAUCCUGCCCAGAGAGCACCUCAUUGCCAUGGUAAUGAGGAGGAGGAUGGCGACGAUGGUGAUGUCAAUGCUGAUGUUACUGAGAGAGUGGAUGAAGGCGAGAAAGAGGAGAACCUUGAUGACAUGAAUGACCUCAUGUCUCGCCUGGUUCGAAAUGAAACAACAUAUUUCCACUGGACAACACGUCGGGAUCACAUAGACUGUCGCUCCUUACGGAAUGACCAAAUGAUCAAUCACUAUGCAAAUUCUGGGACGUUUACUACCAAGGUGGGGCUCUGUGUGAACCUGCGUAACCUUCAGUGGUUUGAUACAGCAGAUCCUGACACUUUCUUCCCAAGAUGCUACAGGCUUGGGGCACAGGAUGAAAAGCAUGCAUUCAUAGAGGAUUUCAGGAGGACAGCGUGCACCAGCCUGCUUCAGCAUGUGGUUGAGAAAAGUAGAUGGAGGAGAGACAGAGCAGAGGAGUUGGAUAAAGUGGAGCAUCGAUUUGUUGGUCCAGAAAUGAUCGACAAAGCUUUGAACGUGUGUCAAGAGUUUCUCAGUGUUUUAGAACACGGCGACAUCGAUGUAACUGCAGAAACACCACCCUCAGUGAAGGAACAGCAGUGGGCAGAGUUUCUGCAAGACUACUACAUGGUUGUGCAUGAAGGUGCAUUGAUCAGGGGUAGCAGUGUGUUUGUGGAGCGCUGCCAGGCCAUGUUAAUCAGACUGCAGGAGGUUUGCCCUCAGCUGGAUACAGAUGGACUAAAUAACAUCUGGAUCAUCAAACCAGGUGCCAAGUCAAGAGGACGAGGUAUAAUGUGUAUGAAUCGUCUGGAUGAGAUUCUGGCACUCGUGGACAGUGACAGAGCCCCGACUAAGGAGAGUAAGUGGGUAGUUCAGAAAUACCUGGAACGUCCUCUGUUGGUCCAUAGCACCAAGUUUGACCUCCGCCAGUGGUUCCUCGUCAGCGACUGGAACCCUCUGACUGUCUGGUUCUACAGAGAGUGCUACUUGCGGUUCUCCACUCAGCCCUAUUCGACAAAAACUCUGGACAGCUCAGUCCACCUGUGCAACAACUCCAUCCAGAAGCACUUCCAGCCGUCCUGUGAGCGCCAUCCAGGAGUGCCUGAGGACAACAUGUGGUCCGGCUCUCAGUUUAGGGCUUUUCUGCAGCGACAGGGCCGCGAGGCAGAGUGGGAGUCAGUGGUGGUCCCGGGCAUGCAGCAAGCGGUGGUCCGUGCCCUGCAAACAGCCCAGGAUCUGGUCGAGCCCCGCAAGGCGAGCUUUGAGCUCUACGGAGCCGACUUCAUGUUGGGCAGAGAUCUGAGGCCAUGGCUUCUGGAGAUCAAUGCCAGUCCAACUAUGGCCUGCUCCACCUCUGUGACCGCUCGCCUCUGCCCUGCUGUGCAGCUGGACACACUGAGGGUUGUGCUCGACCGACGCACUGAUCCUAGUGCUUACACAGGAGGCUUCCAGCUAAUCUUGAAGCAGGCCGCAGUUGAAGUUCCUCAGUAUGUGGGAGUGAACCUGCUGGUGGAAGGAGCCCCCAUAAGGCGAUCCAGACCUCUACUUCAUAGACAAACUGUUAUUUCUCAGACACCUCUCACCAUCCAGUUCCCUCAAGACCUGUCGUCGUCAGAAGAGGUUGAAACAACACAUAAACCAUCAAGUCAGCGAUCCCAUGCAGUCUCUGCUCUUUGUCGUUCAGGCAAGGAGAACCGAGCUGCUGGGGAGAAAAAGAGGCAGUGGACAUCAACAUCUCCUAAAAGGGAACGGGAAGGGAGGAGAGAUGCUCAGAAUACCUCCUGUGUUCGCAGGACGGGUUUCGGUCUGGUAUGUGAACAGCCUCGGGUGGUACACACUGAACCUCAGAGGAAACCACAAUGCUUGGUUUUGAGUCUUGGAGCCAACGGGUCAACUCUGGUCCCACGAAGCUUUUCCUUUUCCCUCAGCCCCCCUAACGGUCUGUCAGAUUGCAAAUCUCAGACUAACCCAGGCCAUGGAUCCCUCAUCACCAGAUCCUUUCUUCCCCAGACAGCUUUUGAGCCCCAACACAGGACUCCUACCCAGGUGUUUCCUUCCCUCCGCGGUCCCCUUCCUACCCUGGAGGUCUUAAGCUUGCGACCAAACAUUGUGGCUGGAACCACUGCCGUGUCCUCUCAUCCCACCGUCCACAGGCAUCAGUUAUUCCUCUGCUCUCGAAGGCAAAGCACAUCCAAAUAUAAAGGAGAGUGCACAGGGGAACAUAAACACCAGUGGUAUUGAGUGUUAAAAAGAUGGAAAAGAAAACAGUUGGAAGGCUAAAGAGGUUUUGAAAGCAACAACAUUGUUAUCAAUGUGUAUGUUAGUGGGCCGGAGCCUAACAAACAACAAAUGACAUACAUUUACUGUAGAUCACAAGAUGUGAUGGCAUCAGAUUUUAUUUUUAGAAACUUGAUACAAUCAUGGUGAGCGUGGUAAAUGUGAAUUAGGUCUUUGAUUGGAUGACUGGAAUCUAAAUGGAAAUGCUUUAUGAUUAUGUCAUGAAUGUAAUUAUGUGUUGCAUUUGUAUUAUAACAAACAAACAAACAAACGGAAAGAGUUCAUCUAGAAGUCUCCAGUGCAGCAGAUAUUCAAAGGUGACUGGGCAGAAAAUUAUAAUAAAAUGAUCACUGGUUCCA